CCUGCCGUAAAAUGUUCCCAUCAAAUAUUUAGCAAUCACGAUUUUGUGAUAACUCGGGGUUAUAAAUUAAGUUUUCCACAUUUUUUAAUAAGACUCUUCUCAAAGAGCCUUGUGGACAUGGCUCUAGGAAUAUUAACACUUCUUUUUGCUAUAAUUCUAGCAAUUUUGCCAUUAGGUGAAGCCAAAGACGUGCAAUUGAAAGUAAAAGGAAUCGUUGCCUCUGUCUUCACUCCAAUAGACGAUUACGGCUAUGUAAACUUUAAUGUGAUCCCACAAUACGCACAGUCUUUAAAAGACAGGGGAAUCAACGGUGUUCUAGUGGGUGGCUACAAUGGCGAAGGAACGAAAUUCUCUAUUUGGGAUCGACGACAACUUCUCAGCACUUGGAUAGAGGCAGCCACUCCACUUGGACUUUUUGUGCUCUUCCAAGUUGGCGGCAUACCCCUGCCUGAUGCACAGGACUUGGCAUCAUUUGCUGAACAGAUCGGAGUCUCCGCUAUAUUGAUCUACCCAGAUUGCAUAUACAAACCAAAGAAUCCUAAAGAACUGGUUUACUACGUUGGAAUUAUUGCCAGUUCUGCACCAAACACUCCCAUCCUGUACUAUCAUAUACCGCAAGUGACUGGUGUUAAUGUGGAUAUGGUAAAGUUCUUCGACCUAGCUUCAGACCAAAUAGACAAUUUCAAGGGAUUGAAGGUUGAAACUUUUGAUACUGCCCUGAAACUUCGAGGAAGAAUGGAGGGAGACCAGAGAGUUUUUAUUUCGAAUUCUGUAUACCUCGGCCCUGCGGCUUUAGCAGGCUUUGAUAGUUUCAUAUUGAGUGAUGCUACCGUUUUCCCUCGUCUGGUUGACCUGAUUGUGAGGUAUGGUAAGAGCGGUGACCGCAGGCGAGUCAACUCCUUCUCGCAAAGGUUGAUCGAUCUGAACGAGGUUAUAUCAGCUCAAGGUAACAAUUUAGCUGCUUUAAAAGCCACCAUGUCACUGGUAACAGACAUCGAUGUGGGACGCAUCAAGGACCCAACGCUCCAACUGACUGCAGAGCAAGAGAACAAUCUAGAACGAAGAUUGAAAGACGAAGGGAUCAAGGUCAAACAGAGGCAGAAUAACAAUCAGGAAACAUAUGGACGGAAACGAAUAUAUCCGCCAAGACCACCCGUAAUUUAUUAUGACGAAGCAGGAAGAGGGUCUGGACCAGUAGCCGAGCCUGUCGAAAAUUGAUUUGAGUUAUUGCUUUUCUUUAGUAACGCCAUAACAGAGUUUGCAUAGAUUAUCACAACUUCAUUUUUCUUAUAAUAAAUAACCUUUAUUGAAGUACCAUGCUCUUUCUACAUAGGUACGAUUAUACCCUUUAAGGGCAAGGUAAGGGCCGAAAUAUACAGACAUCACUAUUGUCUUACUUACGAUGGAGAGUAUUUUAAAA